UUCGGGUCCUUCUCUUUCAAUGAAUUGAGCCUCAAGCAAGCAUCAAGGUCCCAACAUAAUAAAAUAAAUUAAAUAAAUAGAGAAAAGACAAUUUUAAAGCGGGAUUGCGAAAUACCAGUGCCUCCAUUAACCACCUGCCCAAGAAAUAGAAGAGCCAUCAACUUAAGGAGGGCAAUUUGUACAAGCACAAGAAAAGCGCUCCAUCAAUCGCUUCUUCCAAGUUUUAUAAAUAUAUUUUUUUUAAUAUUGUCAUUAGACUUUCAUUGAUUUCUCUGUUAAGGUAAGGUCUCCGCUAAGCUUUGUAUGUAAUUCAUCCUUUUAUUUCUUGUUUUUUCAUCUGGGUACUUUUUUUUUUGCUGGAUUUAUGUAUUUUUUCCCCGUGAAUUCGAACCCAAAUCGGGAUUAAGGAUUUAGAUGAUAAAAGUUGAUGAAUUUUUUUAUUUACUAGUUUGUAUUGGCCCUGUUCUUGAUUUGCUAGGGAUUGGAGGUUUUGUGUUUUUAGCUGAUACUGCUGUGGAUAAAGUUCAUAGAUUUCUGAUUUUGGAGGACCCAUUUGUGAAUUGCUUCUGAAUUUGGAUAAAAAAAAAAAAAAAAAUCUGGGUUUGUAGUUACAUCUGGGAUUUGUGUGUUUUUUUUUUUGUUUUUGGCAAAUGUGAUUUGUUGACAUGUGGUGAAAAGAAUUGGAUGUCUUUAUUUGUUGUGAGAUUCAAUUUUGUGUUUCAAUAUCACAAAGGGUGGAGGAAUUUUGAAAUUAGGGUUAGUGUUACUGAAUUCGUUAGGAGCUAAAUGUUGUUGCUUGAGAAUUAAUAAGCCUUUCUAAGACCCAGUUUUGGGUUUUCUAAAUUCUGCCCGUUUCUCUGUUUGUUUGUAGGAGUUUAAGAUUAGGAUCACUUUUUUGGCUAUGGAGAAACUUGAUUUGUGGGUGAGAUAGUAUUGGGUUUUAUGGGAUGUUCACCUUGCUUACACAACGAAUAUAGCCAGCGUGGUGUUAUGUUAAAAGUAGGACGACGGUGCAAGAAUAGUACCUGAUUCGUUUAGUUUUUCAGCUUGCUAGUAUAUUGCAUAUGAUGCCGAUAUUCAAAAUUCUGUUACAACCGUCAGUUUUGGUGUGUCUUGUGUUCUUCACAGGAUCAUAAGUCUGUUUUACUUCCUUCAAUUCCUUCGAUUCUUAUAGUUUUCUAGAAGAAAUGCAGCAUCAAAUUUUGCAUCCGUAUUUGACAUUCCUCCUUGAUGCAUAUCUAUGUAGUAUUGUUCUCUGUCACUGUAAAAUUGAACAUCAAGCAUAAAUAGGUCAUUGUAGUUAUAUGGUACCUACUUUUGUAUUGGGUAGGCAGACCACAUGGUACAAAGUAAUUCGAACCUUGCCAAAUUAAGAGCACUGCCGUAUUGUAGUCUCUGCCUACCUUUGAUUGGUGUUUCCCAACUGCAUGAUUGAUAUCUUAUUUAGGUUCCCGUGUGGAAUGAUCAUAUUCGAUUGUGGUCUGAAUACUCGUCGUAUCUACAGGUUUCAUUUACCCUCCCGAAUUGUCAUUGAUUAGAAAUUGUCAAUAGUCAAAUUGAUUGCAGUCAACUGAAAUUUUCUACACACGAAGUGACAAACAAAGGCAAUGGUGAAGGCAUACGCACAAGAGUACUCAUACAAGCACCCAUGGGAGCGGGUGACUUCCGCAUCAUGGAAAAAAUUUGCAGAUGCUGAAAACAAACGCACACUAUCACAUAUCCUUGAAGUUGACACUCUGAACCACAAGCUUGAUCCCAGCACAGGAAAGCUUUACACCACACGUGCUAUCACUGUCCAUGCGCCAGGACCAUGGUUUCUUCACAAAAUUGUUCGCCAGGAUGUCUGCCACUGCAUUGAGUCAACAGUUGUGGAUGCGCAAGCACGAUCAAUGCAACUCACCACCAAUAAUAUUAGCCUCGAAAAGUUUAUAGAGGUGGAGGAGAAGAUCAGGUAUGAUCCCCACCCUGAGAACCCAAAUGGCUGGACAUUAUGCCGACAGGAGACUAGCAUUCGAAUCAAGCCUUUAUCAGCAUUGGCAUCAAUGGCAGAAAAGGUUGAACAACGCUGCGCGGAGAAGUUUGUGCAGAACAGUGCCAAGGGUAGAGAGGUUAUGGAGAAGAUAUGCAAGUAUCUCGAAGCUGAAUCUAAAGGGAUUUCUUUCUAACUUGAAUCGGAUUUUGUAGUGCUAGAUCAUGGGCUUGUGAACCCUUUCAUAGUAGAAAAUAAUUGAAGACGGAAAGUGGAGCCGUGGACAAUUUAACCUCGAAUCUCUGUCGGUCGAAAUUUUGAUACCGUAAAGUAUUUGUUGUGAACUUCAGUUCUGCAUCACUUUACAUGUAGUUUUUGUAGUUUUGUUCUUGUGUUUGAUGAUUUACCCAA